CACCGCCUCAGAGGCCAUAAAGCGCCGCCCGCUCUCCUCGCGCCGCGCACUGCCGGGCUGGGCGGCGGGAGAGGCGAGGCGAGGCGGGCAUCGCCAUGAGGGAGAUUGUGCACAUCCAGGCGGGCCAGUGUGGAAACCAGAUCGGGACCAAGUUUUGGGAAGUGAUAAGUGAUGAGCAUGGCAUUGACCCUGCCGGAGGCUAUGUCGGUGACUCAGCGCUGCAGCUGGAAAGGAUCAAUGUCUACUAUAAUGAAUCAUCUUCCCAGAAAUUUGUACCAAGAGCGGUCUUAGUGGACUUGGAGCCGGGAACCAUGGAUAGUGUGCGAUCUGGUCCUUUUGGUCAGCUCUUUCGGCCUGAUAACUUCAUCUUUGGACAAACUGGUGCAGGAAACAACUGGGCUAAAGGACACUAUACAGAAGGGGCGGAGUUGGUUGACUCUGUACUUGAUGUAGUAAGAAAAGAGUGUGAACACUGUGAUUGCUUGCAAGGAUUUCAGCUCACUCAUUCCCUGGGAGGAGGGACGGGGUCUGGCAUGGGAACCCUACUCAUCAGCAAGAUACGAGAGGAAUAUCCGGACAGGAUAAUGAAUACCUUUAGUGUCAUGCCCUCUCCAAAGGUUUCUGAUACAGUGGUGGAGCCUUAUAAUGCUACACUCUCAGUCCACCAACUGGUUGAAAAUACAGAUGAAACCUACUGCAUUGACAAUGAAGCUUUGUAUGACAUUUGCUUCCGCACCCUGAAGCUCACCACUCCAACAUAUGGUGAUUUAAACCACUUGGUUUCUGCUACCAUGAGUGGGGUAACUACAUCCCUGCGAUUUCCGGGCCAACUAAAUGCUGACCUCCGGAAGCUGGCAGUAAAUAUGGUCCCUUUCCCGCGCCUUCACUUUUUCAUGCCAGGCUUCGCUCCUUUGACAGCCCGAGGCAGCCAACAAUACCGAGCACUCACUGUUCCAGAGCUCACCCAACAGAUGUUUGAUGCCAAAAAUAUGAUGGCAGCCUGUGACCCAAGACAUGGGCGAUAUUUGACAGUGGCUACUGUCUUCCGUGGUCCCAUGUCCAUGAAGGAAGUUGAUGAGCAGAUGUUGGCCAUCCAGAACAAGAAUAGCAGUUACUUUGUGGAGUGGAUCCCAAACAAUGUCAAGGUGGCAGUGUGUGACAUACCUCCUCGUGGCCUCAAGAUGGCUUCCACAUUCAUUGGCAACAGUACUGCUAUUCAAGAGCUCUUCAAAAGGAUCUCAGAGCAGUUUUCGGCCAUGUUCAGGAGAAAGGCCUUCCUCCACUGGUUCACAGGAGAAGGAAUGGAUGAAAUGGAAUUUACAGAAGCAGAAAGCAACAUGAAUGAUCUGGUUUCAGAAUAUCAGCAAUACCAAGAAGCAACAGCAAAUGAUGGAGAGGAAGCGUUUGAAGAUGAUGAAGAAGAAAUCAAUGAAUAAAGAAAUUAGGUGCAGUAUUUUCCAGGCCGAAUUUUCAAAUCUGCAUUUCUAAUAAUUGGGCUUAUAAAUCUGUAUUUAGGCUUAAAAAAAAAAAAAAAAGAAAAAAAAGGAGCAUGAGUUUAAGAUGUUAGAGGUGCUCUUCAGAGUCCAUUGAGGUCAUUGAGAACUGAGGACAUUCAGCAUUUCUGGAAAUCAGGCCACUUCUAUUCAUGAGACAAACGUAAGGCAUUCAGUUACGACUUUGGCCUACGAGUCUGAAUACAGAGAUUGCAAGUUUGGGAUUUUUUUUUCCAAACAAUGUUUGUCGUCCCUAAAGUUGUACAAGAGAAGACAUAAAAUGGGCAUGAAAAUCUACAAAAUAGAGCUGCGCUAUUUUCAUCCAAUUAUGAGUAAGAAAAUCUUGUGGGUUUGAAGUAUUCAUUCUGUACUGAAUGUACAAUACUGAACUGCCAGGAACAAAAUUUAUUCAUGAUAAAAAGAAGAAAAAGAUUUUAGCUAUUCUGUACAGUAACUGUUAACAGUGAUAUUUGACUCCAGUCCUCUAAAAAAAAAUAAAAAAAGAUCAGUAUCCUCUCAAGCAAAAGUGUUUUGGGCAGUCAAUGCUAUAAAAAUAUCCAGUGAGCUGCAGGCCAGAGGCUGGAUUUAUGCUAUGUGACUUCAUCACUUGCUGCUGAAUAAUCAUCACAGAUGAUAUAUAUGAAAUCUAUCCAUGUGUGAUGUGUUCCUUAAGGACCCUUGGGGCUUAAAGUGGCACCCCAAAAUCUUGCUGGUCCCCUGUCUCUCUGGCUAUCACCAGUUACUGGUGCUAUUCCUGUCUCCAUUCCCCCUAGCCUGUAUAGCUGAAAGUCAGUACUCCACAGAACAUAGUGGGAGAGGGGAUGUAGGCUGUGUGUUGAUAGAUCUUGCUACCUAGGUUUAUAAGUUUACCACACCUAUAGAUGCUAUGGAUGUCUUGCUACCAUGAUUGGUUAAAACCACUGGACAGAUUAAGGUUAAAGUACAAAUAAAAGUAUUUAUCCACAAUAUUCAAAACAGCUGGCAAAAUAAAUGAAAGAUGAACAACAGUUUAUCUGCUUAUGCUAAAGCUGAAACAGGAAGGUCUCUGUCUUACCCAGCUGACUUGCUGCCUUGACAAAGUGACUGUUGGGCAUUUGCUCUUUGUGCAUGCUUUAUGUUUCUGCUCAUAGCAAUUAAACAGCCCUUCUGCAUUAGAGAGCCUCUACCAGAGAACACUGUCUGCGUGGAGUCUCUUAUUGAGGUCAGUUUCUAGGCAACAAAACAAGCAAACAAAGGAGAAACCCUCAGAAAUCCAAACUUUAAAUGUUUCAGGAACUCUGCUCUUCUUGCCUUAAGAAGCACUUUCUAAGCAGAAGUGUUGCUCAAUACUUUAAAAGGCACUUUACAGACAUAGUGUAAUUUCCAAAGAUGCAUUGCUCCUAACAAGAUGAUGUUAUGUUUUGUUUGGGAUUCAGGGAAUAAUACAGUAUUUUAUAAAGUAUAUGAACCAGGCAAUUGUUAAUCAUAUAA